AUGGAGGUCGCGUAUGAGCGCCACAGAUCGCUGAGCAUCAGCGAUGCUCCCAUCACGUCAGAGGCCAUGCGCGCCUCGCCUUUACUACCGCCGGCUUCCGGGCCCUACAAUCCUGCGGCUUCUGCCGGAUCCUUCGGCGCGGCUCGCACACGGUCGCGCUCCGCCUCUUUCUCCACCUACUGCCCUCCGCCUAUCGUCGUCCCUAGCAACAACUUAUCAGAUCCCGCCUUCCCUGGUUCCACUUCCCCUUCCCCUUCCGGCUAUCGAGAUCCCGCCUUCCCCGCUUCGUCCUGCUCCCCCUCCACGCAAGAUUUCGGCCUUAGCAGCUGCGAGAACUCCCCCGCGUUUCCCGGCCACUCCCCAACUGAGUUUUUCCAGGCUCGGACGGUGGUUCGGAGCCCGAACCAGGAGCUGGUUCGGCAGCGGGCGGCGGAAUCCGCGGAUAUGGACAGCCAAUGGGAGCUGCCGCCCAGCCCCGGCUUGCGCACGCCUUGCACGUGCCGGCGCAAUCCUUGCGCGUGUGCGGUUCUUGCGAAGCGGGCAGCGCGGACGGGGCCCCCGCUUUCGUCAUCAAAUUGGGGCCGUCGAUUGCGGCGCUCCUUAAGCGGAGGCACAUCCGCCGGCGCCUCCGACGGGGAAGGCGGCGCGGAACCGAGGCGCUCGCGAUCCCUCCUACUGCGCCGCAGCAAGACGAGCGCCAGUUCCAACGCCACGUCGGAUACGGAAGACAUGGGAUACAGCUCCGGCACGGGCGGCGCCGCCAACGGCGAGUCGGGGCGGUCGACGACGGGUCGGCGCGCGCAGUUCGCGCGGCUGUUCACGCGAACCGGCACGGCGCCGCCACGACCGUCAACUGCCAACGGCUUCCACUCGGAAUCUCUCGAAGGAAUUUUGAGCCCAAAUCAUGCGGCUCCCUACGCCGCCGCCAAUCAUGUUAGCCCUCCAGUGGCGAACCGCGGGUUUGUAGCGCGGUGCGUGUCGGUUGAUGCGGCAGCGGCCGGGAUGUCCGGCGGCAAAGGCGGGGUUAGCAACGCCGAGCGGUCUGGUCGCCCGUCGUCUGCGACGUCGCAGAAGUACAGCCGUUCCCCUUCGCCGACGUCGUCAGGAUCGCGUGGAGCAGCGGCGAAGGGCGAAGGGGGAUCAGGCUGGCGAAUAACAGGUUCGCGAGUAACAGCAUCGGGCAUUACGUCGCCGCCUCCUGCUGACCUCUCGCCGGAGAGUCUUCCGACGGUACCGAACCAUCCGAACCGCGGCGGCGCGCCUGUGCCACGUGUCAUCUCCAUCGAUAAUGCCGUGGCGUGGCUAAACAGCACGCGGAAGGGAAGCAGCCAUAGCCGAGGGAGCGUCGAUGGUGCCGCAAUUGACGGCGGCAGUCCCGCUUCUAGGGUACCCGGGAGACGCGCGUCGUUCGGGGGUGGGUCUUCGCGAUCAACAAAUGCUUCUAUCGGAUCGGCCACUAGCGCGAACGAGGACGACUUGAGCCGCGCGUGGGACGAGUUCACCGCGUCUGCGGCGGCGGCGGCAACGGGAAUAGUUCCCGGCUGUAGCGGCGGUGCCGGUGACAGCUGCGUUAGCAGCAGCGGCGCCUCCAACGCGCGCCGAGCGGAGCAGCAGGCGGCAGUCGCGCGGAAGCGACAGCCGCAGUCGCAGCAGAAGGCGAGCGAAGCAUCGAAGCAGAACGCGUUUCGACCCUCUGCGAGCUGCGGUUCGCUCGUGGAUCUUGUUCCGGAUGAUUACAGAGCGGUUGAGUACGGCGGGGGUGGUUAUGGAGGCGGGGGUAGUUCCGGGGGUGGUUACGGAAGCGAUUUCUCAAAACCCUCGAAAUCGAAGGAUAACUUGAAUCUCGGCUCCACGCAUCCUCCGUCGAGGAGGGGUUUAUCCCGCCCAACCGCUCCCCCUCCGCGUCCUUUUUCCCCCAACGCCGCUCCGCGCGCCACUCACUCGCGCUCGCCUUCCGCGUCCAGCGCAGUAGGCACGUCCCCACCGGGGCAGAGUCGGGGCGGAGAAUCGACGGAGCCGAUUCGAUUCCGCGGACCACAGGGGCCACUGCAGCACCCCCCUCAAAGCCCCCACCAAAAGCUGUCGUCACAGGGCCUUCCCCUGCGCUCUCCCCGGCACACUCGCCACCACAGCAUGGGCAGCGCUGCUGCUCUUGCCUCCCACCCUUCCCCUCGCGCUACAGCCCACGCUACAGCUGCCACCCCUCUUGCUACAGCCGCUACAGCAGCCGGACUGGUGAUGAAAACCGCGGGUGAUUCUGUCCCUCGUCCUUUUGCCACGGGGCCGAGAAGGCCGCCCAGCGUGCUGAUUGGGAUCUCUCAGUCGCUUCGCUCGCACUCGGUUCAGUCAGUUCAGUCGCCAUCCACUCCCCGCUCCCCGGGCCAUCACUCUCCACCUCCGCACUCCCCUCGCUCUGCCGCUCCUCUCUCCCCUCGCUCGUCUGCUCCUGCCCCCCUCUCCCCUCGCGCUUCUGCUCCUCUUCCCCCUCGCUCUUUCGCUGCUGCUCCUCUCUCUCCUCGAUCUUCUGCUCCUGCUCCUCUCUCCCCUCGCUCAUUCCCCACUCCUCUCUCCCCUCGCUCUUCUGCCCCUCUUUCCCCUCGCUCUUUCUCUGCUGCCCCUCUUUCCCCGCGCUCUUCUGCUCCUCUCUCCCCUCGCUCAUUCGCCACCCCUCUCUCCCCUCACGCUUCUGCUCUCCUCUCCCCUCGCGCCUCUGCUCCCCUUUCCCCUCGCUCAUCUGCUCCUUUCUCCCCCCGCUCUCCUGCUCCACGCUCCCAAAUCCCUCGCUCCAACACCACUACUCGCACUCCUCUCCCUCCCUCUGCUGCAGCUGGGUUUAAAGCCCCAGCAGCGCUGGACCAAGCACGUGCAAGAAAUGCGCCGGCCCCCCGUCGACAUGUGCGCUCCGCGAGUGUAGCAGAAGUCACAUCCAAGAUUGGGGUGACAAUUUAG